AUGCUUCUCUGUUAUGCCUACCGCCUGGAUAUCGCGGCAGGUGGGACUUUCAUAGCACCCGACUGCCCUGGGACAGGUAAAGACAAAAGAUGCUAUUUCGACGAGUUUUUAAGGUACAUCGAAGAAGUAGAGGAACGCUCUCCAUGGAGCGGUAGUACCUCUGUAGGUAAAAAUUUGGCUCCAAAUGUUUUAUCUACGGCGGAGGAGCUGGUCACUACCGGGUAUUCGAACGCGGUCGACCCGGGCGUCCUCUAUGAAACUCCUUCAGGCUUUGACAACUUCAGGGGCGUUUUUGAACCUGCCAUAGACAACAUCCAGGAAUGCCGCCAAGCACUUGGCGACAAGGGAAUUGACUGGGAGUUGAAUGGUAUCCGGACGUCGAUAGCAAAUACUCUUGACGCACGCAUUGUUGAUCAAGCUGCAUUUAUCAUCAUUGGAGUGAAUGAAAAACUCCACGAAACCGGUUUCUCGUGGACCGCGGAAACAAAGCCUGUAACGGGGCUGGAUGGAAAUACCUGGCACGAAGUCGAUGUUGAGGCUACAAUCAAGGCGCACCCCGAUGAUGCGUUCGAGGGGCUUGACGACGCAAUCAAUGAUUACAUUCUUCAUUUUGAUCAACAGCCGAGUGAGGGUAACAAGAAUAAGCGGCAUGCCAGAGCUAUUUGGGCGUCUCAAUCGUUUGCAAGUCGUGUUUUUGGAGAUCCAAGUUGUUGA